AUGGUGCAGAAGAAUCCCGCCGGUGAAAACUCCUUCGAACGGCUCAUAGCGUCAAUCGCGGCCGACAUGCAAACGACGGGAGUUAACGUUUUCGAUCCCAACUGGAAGCCGUCGCUUCCCGUCCUCGUAACGCUGGUGCUGUGCAUUUUCCAGCCGUACCUGAGCGUGGUGUCGCUGCUGAAGUACCGGGACAGCAUCGAACAGUUGGCCGAGGUGAUGUCGAUUAUGCUGGCCUACGUACAGUUGGUGGGCCGCUGCCCGUUCUAUGCGUUCAAGCGCCAGUGGUGCUGCUCGAUGGUGCAAAACAUCCGCAACCAGCGGACCCUGUUCGGAGCCCAGGACAACCCCGCCAUCGAGCAACUGUUCGAUCGGUCCGAACGACGGCUGCUGAUCCUGUAUCGGUUGCUUUACUGGACGUACCUCGCCGUGAUGGUGUCGUUCCUAUCGGUGACGCUACUCUAUCCCGAUGCGAAGAAGAACAACCUGCCGCUUGCUUUCCAGUUUCCGUUUCUACCGGUGGAGGAGCCAUUCUGGUGGUACUUCACGUACCUCUAUCAGUGCGCAAUGUUUUGGAACACCAUCCACAUCCUGGUGACGAUCGACGGGAUCAUGGCGUUGUCGCUGACGAGCGUACGCACGCGGAUCCACGCCCUGAAGCUGAUGCUUCGCACGCUGGACGAGAAGAUCCUGGCCGCUCCGUGGAAGCACACCGACCAUCUGGAUCCGGAACUCCACCGGAUCAUUGAGCUGCACGUGUCGAUCAAGCAGUUCAUGAAGGACUUGACCGGCUCCUUCAAGAUGCACUUUUUCAUCAUCUUCGGCACGGGAUGCCUCGACAUCUGCACCCUGCUCAGCAUGAUCGCGAUCGAGCCCCGGACCCCGAUCUAUCCGUACCUGGCCGCCUCGCUGUCGCAGCUGUUUGUGAUGUGCUUUUUCGGCCACCUUCUGCUGAUCGAGAACGAUGGGCUGGCGGAUUGCGUCUACUGCAUCCACUGGUACCGGCUGUCGGUUUGCCAGCAGAAGAAGAUCAGGUUCAUCAUCGCCAACGCCCAGCCGGAGAUGAAGGCGAAUGCCAUCCUAAUGCCGGUGACGAUGGCCUCGUUCGUGACGGUUGUCCGCGCCAGUUACUCCUACUUUGCCAUUUUGCAGAGAACUCAUCGACAUGACUAG